AUGCGUGAUCGCGAUACGGGUCGGAGUAAAGGAUUUGGCUUUAUUACCUUUAGCAGUGAGCAUGAGGCAAAUGCAGCAAUAAAUGGACUUCAUGAUCGGGAGCUUGAUGGUCGCAAUAUUGCUGUUAACCUGGCUAAUGCUAAGCCCCCCCCAAAUGGUGGCUCCAGUGGUGGCUACGGUGGUGGUGGCUAUGGUGGUGUUGGCUAUGUAUACUGCUAUUUCUGUGGAGUGAGCUUUAAUAUCGCUCGCACUGCAAAACCCGGUGAGCCGCAUUCAGCAGGAUGGGGUUCCGGUGGCUGGCCUUGGGGAGAAGGAGUGGAAGUUGGCAGUGCAAACUGGAGGGACGGUACACAUCGUGGUUGCAGCCUGCUUGUGUUUGCUGGAUUUCCGAAGGAAGACGAUGAUCUGGCGUAUGACCCAGAAUAUGUCUUCGAAGAGGAUGACGCACGAGAGCCGUAUGAGUAUGCUUCUGAUUAUGAAUCUGUUAACAACGGCAUGGGGCUUGAUGAAAUGCCGUUGGAGGAAGAUGACACGGAGGCCCAGUGGUAUAAGGAUUGGCUUGCGACAUUUGUCACUCAGCCUAGUGGAUACAAUGAUCAAGACCUAGAACAUAUUCCAGGUGCUACCUGCCCCAGUGAGCAGACAUAUAGUGGCCAAAAUAUCCCUGUCGCGGAGAUGAGAGGCUGCCGGACAGCGCAAUGCCUAGUGCACAAAAGUGUCUCUGACAAUUGGGCGUCAGAUGGUCUUGACCAAGACUGGGAACUUGUAGGAGACUAUUUUCUCUCCGGGCUCUCUGAUGGGAUGGCAUCGCCGGACACUGAUCCAAAGAGAGUGUACCCAGCACGAGGCGGCGUUGUUCAACCGAACUCGCAUCAUACCAUUAUUAAUUAUGGAAUAGAUUCGUACACACACCCAAACCACUACCUGAUACCCUUCCACCCGUGGUGUUUCGAUAUUUUCUGCCGUCUGUCCAAGCUCCACUUCGGCCAUGUUAAUAUUACCGGCCUUAUGAACCGGCGCAUAGGAGAACAUUCCUGGGAGGAUUUCAAUAGUUUCCCUCAUGAUCCAGCUGUCUCAGCUGCCCAGGAGCAAUUCUGGCGUCAUCCUUGGAAAGAAUAUCUAGUUGCAAACCCACUCAAUGUGCCGAAACUCGUUCCUCUUCUUCUGUCUUCGAUUAAAGAAGAAAACAGCAAUUUUAGCUUGUCAGUUGGGGCAUUUAAUCUAUCUCGACCGAUAGGACUCUCACCAAUUAAACGCGCCACCGAUCUACUACUCUUAUUACCACAGGAACUGUGGAUAUUUAUUAUAGGCUAUCUUGGGUCUAGUGACAUUGCAAAUCUAAGGCUAGCAUCUAGAGCGUUCCGACAACUUCCAAUCUCUGUCUGGUAUCGUCUUACUCCUGAGGAAAUGCCCUGGUUGUGGGAAGCAUGCGGUGAAAGUGAAACGGCCCAUACAUCUUCAUUCUGGACUGCCGUCACCGCCAAUGAGAUGCAGGCAUUAUGUAGCCUAAGGGAUAAAUAUUCCGGUAUCCUCAGGAAUGGCUAUCCAGAGCUAGACGAAAUGGCCAUUAACGAUGUGUUUCCUUGGCCGCCGGCUAUACCACAGCGAGUGAAACUUCCCAGAGCAAAGACGAACUGGUAUGAGGUGUACUGGGGAUCAAGCAGAACUGGAGCCAGUUGA